ACUCAAUAACCAUGAGAACUACUGUCCUAAGCAUCAAGGCCAACUUGGAGAAUUGUACCGACGUUGAGCCCGUCGAUAACGAAGAUUACCCUCAUGACUAUGGGUUCACCAUAGAGUGUAAAGCUUGCAAAUUCAGACACCCGAAACAGAUUAUGGUCAAUCGUUUUGACACAGAACACGUACAGCUUUAUGUAAACAAGCCCACACGGGUAGUGAAUUUCUCCAUUAAGUGUAAGGACUGCCGCAGAGUCCUUUUCAUUAUUUUAAAAAGAACCGAGCAAUCUUUGACCUUACAAGACUCCGAACACGAUACCUUUGUUCCUAUUCUUGAUGUGCAUACCCACGGGUGUAUCAUAAUUGACUUUUCCCUUGAGGACCAGUUUCAGUGCAAAACUAUGAAAGGAAAGGUAAUAGACGGUGUGGACCUCCGAGGUAAUGAUUGGAGUGAAUUUGACGAAAACGGUAAUGUUCCUAUGACUAUCACUGAUUUCUCGUACAAACUCACGACUCUAGAUGGAAAUGCGGAAGUAACCAAGUUAAAUGAUUAAUUGUUUUAAUAUAAAAAUCGCAAAUUU